AUGCCGACAAUUGAGAUUCCGGAACGCGACCACGACGUGUCCCCCAUCUCGUCGCCAGCUCUAUCGCGCGUCAACAGUCGGACCAGUGCUGUCUCGUCUCUGGACGAUUCUCCGAUCUCAUCGCCAGUCUUCUCCCCAACUCAAUUGUCCUCUGGGCUUACGGCCUCAGAUACCGCAACGACCACUUCGUUUGAGCACUCGUUUACCGACGCCGAUGACUGGUUUGGACGUUUUCGUGAAGACCUAGACAUUUCUGAUGAGUGUCCCGAUCGCGGACAGCUGGCUGUCGCUGGUCAGGUCCCCGUGUACGAUGCCAACGGAAACUCGCGACUGUUCAGCACCUUCUUCACAGGUCUGGAUGCCAUUGGUGACAGGCAAUUCAUCAUCUUCGUGAGACACUUUUACUGCGGUGCUUGUCAGGCAUACAUGAAAGCCAUUGCCGAAGCCAUCACCAUGCAGGCAUACUACACCAUGGCUGUUCCCACAAAUAUCGUAGUCAUUGGUUGCGGCUCGCCAUCUAUGAUUCCAUUCUACAAGCAGGAGACUGGCUGUCCUUUCCCCAUCUUCGCUGAGCCUUCCCGGAAACUCUACAAGGCUUUGGGCAUGCAACUCAGUCUCAACUUGACUGGACCCAAGAGACCAGAAUACAUGAAAGACGUUCCUUUCACUCAAUGGCAAAUGCGUCAAUGGACGACAAUGGCAAAGGCAAAAGGCGCCAAGCGCUUCAAGGGUGGCAAUCUGCUCCAAAUUGGAGGAGAGUUUCUGUUCCAAGACGGCCAGGUUGUCUGGUGCCAUCGCAUGAAGAAUAUGCGUGGCCAUGCCGAGGUCUCUAUCGUCAAGCGCGUCUUGGAGCUCGAGGACUAG